AUGGUAAUGCCGCGACGUCCUGAGCAGCGGAGAAAGAGGAGUGGAGGCGGUAUUUUUGGGUCGUUAAAUCUCAACAGAUUUCUCGGAGCUCCUGGAGCUUCAACAUUUGACCUGCUCAUGGAUCCUGGUUUCAACCACAGUCAAAUACACACAGCUAGAAUAUCCAAUGAUGGAACAGUUGAGAUCGAUCUACUGGCAGUUACUGAUCUUGAUCAUGACAGCAAGGUCUCCAGCAAAAAGUGGACCAGUUAUGCGAAGCGCGGUGUUUUGAGAAUUAGUCCUGAUCAUAGCAAAGUGUCUGUUGAAUGGAAGGCCAGCUCGGAUUUCGCCCUCUCCACUCAAAUAGCUUCUGGUGAUCGCGCCAUGGAGUUGUCCGACCUCGUCGUCUUUGAUGGCCGACUUCUUGUUGGAGAUGAUAGAACUGGCUUAAUUUAUGAAAUUCGGGAUAAUAAGGCAUAUCCUUGGAUUUUCUUGAAUGAUGGACCUGGGAACUCUACUAAAGGGCUGAAGGUCGAAUGGUUAACUGUGAAAGAUGAGCAUCUUUAUGCUGGAGGUUUGGGAAAGGAAUGGACAACUACUGAUGGUGAAUACGUCAAUGACAAUCCCUUCUGGAUAAAAGUAAUAUCCCGUAGAGGUGAAAUCAGACACGUGAACUGGCGCGACGUCUUCAUCAAGGUCCGACGUGCUGCAGGAAUUGAGUAUCCUGGAUACAUGAUCCAUGAAGCUGUGCAGUGGUCCGAUACGCACCAAAAAUGGUUCUUCCUUCCAAGGAGAGCUUCACAUAAAAAAUACACAGAAGCAGAAGAUGAAACUAGAGGCACCAAUCUGUUGAUUAUCGGCGACCCUUCGUUGUCAUCCUUCCAAGUGGUUCAUGUAGGUGAACUCACCCACCCAGCUCGUGGCUUUUCGGCAUUGCAGUUCAUUCCUGACACAGGCGAUAACCUCAUCAUUGCUUUGAAGUCCGAAGAGAAAGACGGAAAGCCGGUUGCCAGCUACGUAACUAUAUUUGACAUUAAUGGAAAGAUACUACUACCUGAUACCUCUCUGCAUGACCCUCACAAGUUUGAAGGCAUUGCCUUCGUUUGA